AUGAAUGUUAUGAGAGUUAACUUUAGUCAGUGCCGGUGGUUCUCAUCCUCUCCUUCAACACUCUCAUCAUCACUUCCAUGGAUCUCUCCUCUUCAGUUUACAAAAGUCAACACACACAAACCAGACCCCCCACCCGAAACCACUACCACCCAGAAAGAAACCAGGAGGAAAACCAAGUAUAUUUCUCACGAAUCUACCAUCAACCUAAUCAAACGUGAAAGAGAUCCACAACAUGCCUUGGAAAUAUUUAACAUGGUAUCGGAACAAAAGGGUUUUAACCACAAUAAUGCCACUUAUGCAACUAUCCUCCAGAAGCUUGCUCAGUCCAAGAAGUUCAAGGCUAUCGACGCAAUUCUUCAUCAAAUGACUUAUGAGACCUGCAAAUUCCAUGAGGGUAUAUUCCUUAACCUCAUGAAGCAUUUUUCAAAAUCCUCUAUGCAUGAAAGAGUGCUUGAAAUGUUCUAUGCUAUCCAGCCAAUAGUUCGUGAAAAGCCCUCUCUCAAAUGCAUCAGUACUUGUCUCAAUUUACUGAUUGAAUCGAAUCAGGUUGAUUUCGCCCAACAAUUUCUCAUGCAUCUGAAAAAGAAUCUUAACUUCAAGCCAAAUACGUGCAUUGUCAACAUCUUGGUUAAGCACCAUUGCAAGAAUGGGGACCUUGAAUCUGCCUUUGAGGUUGUGAAGGAAAUGAAAAAGUCUAAAAUUUCUUACCCUAAUUUGGUUACGUACUCAACUCUGUUGGGUGGUCUCUGUGAAAGUGACAGACUCGCAGAAGCAAUGGAGCUCUUUGAAGAAAUGAUUUCAAAGGAUCAAAUAUUGCCUGAUGCCCUAACUUACAACGUUUUGAUUAAUGGGUUUUGCCAUGGUGGGAAAGUUGAUAGGGCUAGGAAGAUAUUGGGGUUUAUGAAGAGCAAUGGAUGCCAGCCAAAUGUAUUCAAUUACACGGCUCUGAUGAACGGUUUCUGUAAGGAGAAAAGAUUGCAAGAGGCCAAGGAAAUUUUUCAUGAAAUGACGAGCUUUGGUAUAAAGCCUGAUACAGUUGGCUACACUGCUUUAAUCAAUUGCUGCUGUAGGACAGGAAAAAUGAAUGAAGCUAUAGAGUUGCUCAAAGAGAUGAAAGAAAGAGAAUGCAAAGCUGAUACUGUGACUUUCAAUGUGAUACUUGGAGGGUUGUGUAGAGAAGGUAGAAUUGAGGAUGCUCUUGAGAUGCUGGAGAAACUUCCUUAUGAGGGUGUCUAUCUGAACAAGGCAAGCUACAGAAUUGUGUUGAAUUUCUUGUGUCAAAAAGGUGAAUUGAACAAAGCGACACAGUUGUUGGGGUUGAUGAUGGGUAGGGGGUUUGUACCACAUUAUGCAACUUCAAAUGACUUGCUGGUUCGACUUUCUGAGGCUGGAAUGGCAGAAAACGCUGUUGUGGCUUUGUCUAGAUUAGUGGAGAUGGGGUUCAAACCACAGCCUGAUUCAUGGGCUCUUUUGGUAGAAUCAAUCUGCAGAGAAAGAAAGCUGCUGUCUGCAUUUGAACUGCUCGAUGAGUUAGUUGUUAUAGAGCAGGAUUAA